CGGCCAGCUUUUUGUUUUGAUUAUAAAUAGCACCAGAAAAAAGUGUGCAAAAACGUAAUCAAAUUUGUAUGCACAGAGGAGGCCUGUGAAUACAUGUGAAUAGGCCUACUAUUUGUUAUGCAGUGUGCACUUAUAAUUUGUCUUCUGUUUAUUGGGAAGACGCGGUAUGUGGCCUUUUAAAAGCUCAACGACGCCCACUAGUGUUUUGAAGACUACAUAGGCCUACUAAUGUGUGCACAAGGAUAGACGGUUUGUGGGUCUGUCAGGGGAACUCCGCAGGUAGCAUACUCUGUGGAGCUAAGCUUAAUUUUUAUUGCUGAAAAAUAUUAAUGGACCUCUUAUCUAACAUCUGAAAAUUCGGUACGUAGGCUUAUAACUCCAGAGAGCCAUUUGAUACAUGAAGUAACCCUGGAAUUCUGUGAUGCAACAAUGUAGCUUCCAUGGAAUUUCAGUUUCACCCAUGUCAUGUUCUGGGCCAUCUGUGGUGAAGUAUCAUGGCAUGGUUCACUUCUGCACUCUGUACAACCACCCUUGGUCGUUGUAUCAGAAGUCUAGACACAAAAUCAAACGGAUUGUGGAAGUGGGUACUGUGGGCAACACUCCUCUGUGCCCAUCUCUGUGGCGCGGCGUCUCCAAACAGAGGGGACUUGGAGGAGCUGGACUCCCGUAGCUCAAUGGCCGUCAAACACAGCUCCCCCUGCAGCGCCACCUGCGGGCUGGGCAUUCGUGUUCAGGAGCUGUGCCCAGUGAGGGGCGGGGGGCAGUGUUAUCAGCGGCAGGUCAAGUGCCUGGACACCUGGCAGUGUGGCAUGAAGACACUCACCGUCCCAGCAGGGGGGCAUGUCGAGCUGGACUGCCUGGGCGAGGUGAUGGGUGCCAUGGGUCGCUUCGCCUUCAUCGUGUCCUGGAGGUUUGCUCGCGGCGUCAUCACCACAGACAGCUCGCUCUUCUCGCGCCUAGCCGUGCCCCAGCUGGCGCAGCUCAAGCUGGACCCGCUGCGGGAGCGACACGCGGGCACCUACCGCUGCGACGUGCUCGACAAAACCCACCGCCGCCUGAAGCGCACCCACUACGGCCUCAAGGUCAUGCCCCCCGAGCUGCUCCGCCUGGACUUCACCAGCGCUCUGGAGAGAUGGGACGAGGUCUCCGUCUCCACCAAUGGCAGCCGGACGUCAGUGCUGUCCAGCAGCGGCGUGAAGAACCCUCUGAUGAUCAGCGUCACAGUCACCGCAGCCCUGGCUGCCCUCCUCCUGCUGCUGUUCCUCUGGGAGACCUGCAGGAGAGGACCAGCGGGCCCCAUAACCAGGCCCUCCCAGCAGAGCGGCCUCCAGCACAGACAUCUCACCUGCAAAGAUUUCGAAGAGCAGAUCAGUCCAGGGCCACUUUCACUCAUAUGGGACUAUCUGUCACGCAAUGGGCUCUCCCAAACUAUGCUCAUCACAGACGCAGAAAAUCAAACCCUGCUGUAGAUUUUUUUUCCUAAAAAAAGAAACGUUUGAACAAGAUUUGAAAUCUGAGUUUUCCAAAUAAAUAGGCUACAGUAGC